AUGCCUUCCUCGGCACCGCUCCUCGACGACGCCGACGACCUGGACAUCCUCUCGUUCGGUUCAAAGGGCAAGGAGAAGAUGACUGGGCUCGAGACGGUCCAGCUCAAGGUCGAGGGAAUGACGUGCGGCGCGUGUGUGGCGAGUAUAGAGAGUGGCUUGAAGGACCAGGAGGGGAUCGCGAGCGUCAAGGUGGCGUUGUUAGCCGAACGAGCAGUCGUCGAGUAUGACCCCGACAGGUGGACAGCCGCGAAACUCGCAGAAGAAAUCGAGGAUAUGGGCUUCGAGGCGACGCCGAUAGCGCCUGUCGUUGCGGAUACGGUGCAGCUGCAGGUCUACGGGAUGACGUGCGGUGCUUGCGUCGCGUCCAUCGAGAACGCGCUCCGCUCGGCUCCCGGCGUCAACUCAGCAGUUGUCUCGCUGGCGACCGAGCGCGCGAGCGUCACCUACGAUCCCUCCAUCCUUGCCGGUCCUCGAGAUAUCGUCGAGCUGAUAGAGGACGUCGGCUUCGACGCGACUCUCGCUUCGGACGAGAACAGCGCGAUGCAGCUGCAAUCUCUCGCCCGCACGAAAGAGAUCCAGGUGUGGAAGCACGCCGUCGUCCGCUCGUUCUCCUUCGGCCUCCCCGUCUUCCUCAUCUCGAUGAUUUUCCCCAUGAUCCCCUUCCUCCGCCCACUCGUCAACUUCCCUAUCGUCCGCGGCGUCUACCUCGGCGACACCGUCUGCCUAUUCCUCACCCUUCCCGUACAGUUCGGCGUCGGCCUUCGCUUCUACCGCUCGGCUUGGAGGGCGGUCAAGCACAAGUCGGCCACGAUGGACGUCCUCGUCGUCCUCGGUACUUCGGCAGCCUUCCUCUACUCCGUCUUUGUCAUGCUCUUCGCACCCUUUGCCAGCGACCCGUCCUUCCACGCCACGGUCUUCUUCGACACCUGCACGAUGCUCAUCACGUUCAUUUCGUUCGGGCGGUACCUCGAGAACGUCGCCAAGGGGCAGACGAGUACCGCACUAAGCCGCCUCCUCAGCCUCGCACCGUCUCAGGCCAUCAUCUACACCGACGCCGACUGUACCAAGGAGAAGAAGGUCCCGACCGAGCUGAUCCAGGUUGGCGACGUCGUCAAGAUUGUUCCAGGCGACAAGAUCCCUGCCGACGGAGUCGUCAUUCGCGGCGAGUCGGCCGUGGACGAGAGCAUGGUGACGGGCGAGGUUGUUCCGGUCGCCAAGAGCGUCGACUCGACUGUCAUCGGCGGAACCGUCAACGGCAAGGGCACCUUCAACAUGAAGGUGACGCGCGCCGGCAAGGACACGGCUCUUUCGCAGAUCGUCCACCUGGUCGAGGAGGCGCAGACGUCCAAAGCGCCGAUUCAAGCCUUUGCAGACACCGUCGCAGGCUACUUCGUACCGGUCGUCAUCUCGCUCGGCCUCUUCACCUUCGUCGCCUGGAUGGUCAUCGCGCACCUCUCGCCUCGCCUCCCGCACGUCUUUGAGGAGCACGGCGCGACCAAGUUCAUGGUCUGCCUCCGUCUCUGCAUCUCCGUCAUCGUGGUCGCCUGCCCCUGCGCACUCGGCCUCUCGACCCCGACAGCCGUCAUGGUCGGCACCGGUGUCGGCGCACAGAAUGGCAUCCUCAUCAAGGGCGCCGGCCCGCUCGAAGCGAGCCACCGCGUCGACCGCAUCGUCCUCGACAAGACCGGCACUGUCACGCUCGGCAAGCUCGACGUCGUCGGCGUACGCUGGGUCGAGCGUCAGGGGCUCAUGGCGACCGAGGCGCUGGGCAGCCGCGUCGGCUGGCAGGAGGACGCGAUCCUGCUCUUUGCCGCCGCCGAGACCAAGUCGGAGCACCCGCUCGCGAAGGCCGUCGCGCAGUGGGGGCUGCGCCAGCUCGGUCUGUCCGAGGUCCCGUCGACGCUCGAGGUCAAGGCGUUCGAGUCGUUCACCGGUCGCGGCAUUCGCUGCGACGUGUCUGGCCACUUCCCCUCGCUCUCGCCCACAGCCGGCACAGGUCGUUCGACGCACAGUAUCGAGAUCGGCAAUGUCGACUUCCUCUCGCAGCAAUGCUCGAUCGCCCUUCCGACCGCCCACGAGUCCUUCCGCGAGCGCGAAGAGUCGCUCGGCCGCACCUGCAUCCUCGUCGCAGUCGACCGCCAACUCGCCUGCAUCGUCUCGCUCGCCGACCAGAUCAAGCCCGAGGCGCGCCAGGCUAUCGACGCCCUUAGGUGGAUGGGCAUCGAGGUGCUGCUCGCGACGGGCGACCAGGAGCGCACGGCGUGGGCCAUUGCGGACGAAGUUGGGAUCGCUCACGAGGAUGUGCAGGCUGGGAUGAGCCCGAACGGCAAGAAGGCGCUCGUGGAGAAGCUUCGUCACCAAGGACACCGCGUCGCGAUGGUCGGCGACGGGAUCAACGACUCGCCCGCCCUCGCUGCUGCCGACGUCGGCAUCGCUCUUUGCACCGGCACCGACAUUGCCAUGGAAGCUGCCGACAUCGUCCUGAUGAAGGCCGACUUGCUCGACGUCGUCGCCGCACUCGACCUUUCCCGCCGCAUCUUCCGCCAGAUCCGCCUCAACUUCCUCUGGGCGACUAUCUACAACCUCGUCGGCGUCCCUCUCGCCAUGGGCCUCUUCCUUCCCUGGGGCCUGCACCUUCACCCGAUGAUGGCCGGCGCAGCCAUGGCCUUCUCGUCCGUCUCGGUCGUCGCCUCGUCCCUCACACUCCGCUUCUGGCGCCGCCCUCGUCUCGCUCGCCGUCCCGACGACCCGGCUUUCGACAAGGGCGAAGGCGCAGUCUCCGAGCUCACUGGUGCGGUCGUCGAGAUGCUCAAAGCUGGCUGGGAGACAUUCUUCGUCGACAGGUCGGGCGGGCGUCGUCGUCGCGGAGGUCGUUUCCGCCAGCUCCUCCGCACCGAGCGCAGUCACAGCGAGUACGGCCUGCUCGGCGACUCCAGCAGUCCCGAAGACGACGCGGUGAUGAUGGAGGAGGGCAUCCCGCUCGCCGGCGCGGCGUCGCCGAUGGUGAGGAACCCUGGGUUGAUGGGCGCUUGA